AUGUACCUGAAGGAGGAGGUGCACUCUGCUCGCAGCGCUUUGCGGAUGCGGUUGAAGGGCGAACUUUCUUCUACCUACCAUUUUGUCAGCGCGAAGAAGGCACCGAGUGAAAGCAGCAUGGAAGCAGUGACGCAGCUCGAGCACCUACUCGAGCGCACAGUACAGUUUGGUGAGAACCAAUCAGGUCUGCUGCUCGGGUCGGACAGCAGUCGCAGGCGCUCCAUUGUGAUGCACGCAAUGCGUAGACUGCGCGAAAAAUAUGGCAGUUUUACCGUCGUCUACCUAAAUGGAGUGAUUCUGCAGAACGAGCUCGAGGCUUUUAAGGAACUCACGGCGCAGCUUACGCGAGCUGCAGCUGUAAAACAUCCCGUUGUGUCCUACUGGAGCAUGUACGAGUAUCUACGCAGUUUGCUUGUCUCAAAAGCCAAGGCUGGAGACCACGUGGUUGUCAUUCUAGACGCCUUGGAGCAGUUUGUGCGAGAAAACAGUAACACAAAGCAGCUGCUAUUAUACAACCUGCUGGACUGGCUUCAGGCAAAAGACAUUAAGAUGGGCGUGCUUGGUAUCACCGAUAACUACAAUGUCGUGGACAAUCUAGAAAAGCGAGUUCGUUCCAGGUUCUCGAAUCUUCAAAUUAUUGUUGAAAGACCCUCGUUUGCGCAGAUACGUCAACACCUAGUGCACUUGCUUUCCCUCGACACUUUUCCGUGGAGCGCUCACAGCGAAUUACGACAACCUUCUGUCGAAUACGCUGCAGCUUUCUCUUGCGGAGUCAACAAGCUGCUUUCAGAGCAAAGCAAGUUCUUUGCAAGUCUCGAGUUCGACUACGACAUUGGCAAGCCGCAAGUGUUUUUUGUGAGGCUUACUUCUGCUGCAGUCUACUAUCUUGAUGUUGAUACACCGCUACUAUCAGCUAGGCAUUUCUGGCGCGCUAGACAAUUGCUGGAGCAGGAUCACCAACUAGCUGUGUUGGAGACUGUUACCGAGCACGGUAUUGCGCUCUUAAUUGGCAUGGGUCAUCUGGAAAAAGGCGGUCAAAAGGUUUUUACGCUGGAAAUGGUAUAUGCUCGAUGGGAGAAUUUCCUUCGUCAACACGACAUGCUCACUCAACUUCCAACGCGUAGCGAAGCUCAAAAAGCUUUGGAGAACUUGCUGUGGCUGAAGCUUGUCAAGGACGCGGGGGACGCGUUUAAGAUUGGGCGCGGUGGGGAUCGGUGUAUGAAGCAGGAUACUUUGCGUUUGCUACAGCCUGAAUUUCGUGCGGUACAUCUGAAUUUUGCGCCACGAACAUUGGAAGGUAUGCUGCGCAAUGGUAGCAUCAAGUGCUCGACAUUGCUGAAAGAAUGGGCUACCAACGGAAGUUGA